AGAGGACUUGCUGCAUCGUUCGGAUGGGCCCUCUGCGGUAUCCGUAUUAUUAUGUUUACUAAUACAUUGGAGCAAUAUCGUCUUUGAAGCCGAAUGGGCGCGCGUUCUAUGCGUGCCGUCAGAGAAUUUACUCUGCGGUCGGUGAGCUGGGUGCCUAAAAAUAACCUUGUUACUCCGCCUGCUCGUCCUGCUGCUGUCGGCCACGGCGAAAAAACCCACUCGACAAGAAAUCGCUGCGGGGUUUGUCGCGUUUGCCAGCUUUGGGAAUUUUACACUCUGUCACUCGUCACUGACUGACAGUGAUUUAUUGACAUGAUUCAUGACGGUUAAGUAAAAGUUAACCUUUCGUUCCUAACUUUGAUGAAUCGCUCAUUUAAUAUUUAAAUCACUCACGGCGAGGUGCGCGUUCUCUUGUCGUUGAUUGACUGCGCGCGCGAGCUGAUUGAUUCGCUCGCUUCGAUGCACGUGCUCUGCGGAGGCGCUCGAGCGGUAUGUUCGGACGUGGACGCCGAGCGCUGAGUGUGUUCCCCAGUCACGUGCUGCGCGCGCGCGCCCUCCGGAUCGCGCUGAACUCGGCCCGUCCGAGUCUCUGUGCGGCCGAGCUCCGCUCCCGGCUCCCCCAGGGGAAGCUCAGUUCCCGGCCUGAGAUCAGCGCAGCGGCGCUCGGGAGGCGCAUGAUGAUGGAGCUGCGGGACGUGGCGACGGCGACGGUGGAGGAGGAGGAGGAAGAGGAGGAGGAGCGUCCGUCCCAUCGCGGCCCAGGUGUCACCGAUCCUCCGGGGGCCACAGAAGCUAAAAAGGCAAAGAAGGAGCGACUGAAACGCAAAAAACCCAAAUCGAAAGGCCGGAAACAGAAACCAAAGUGUUCCAGCUCCUCCGUAAACCUCUUGGCUGAACUUCCGUUUGCCGGUGCAGAAGUGUGGACCGAGCUCGGCUUUCCAACAUCAGUGAAGAGUCAGAGGAAGAAGAGGAAAAAAAAUGUAGAAGACGACAAUGCUGAUGACGAUGAUGCAAAGAAGAAAAGGCAGUCACGCCCCAACUACUUUGUGUCUAUCCCCAUCACCAAUCCCCAGAUCACAGACGGCAUCAAGGCCGUCCAGGACCUGGUCGUCCAGAAGGAUCACCGACUCUCGCGGGCUCUCGUCUCAGUCGGCAGCCUUCACAUCACGCUGCUGGUGACCUACUUGGGCAGCGAGGAGGAAGUGAACACGGCGGCGCGCGCCGUGGCCCAGAUGAAGCCGGUGCUCCGGGACCUGCUGGGGGGGAGGGCUCUCGUCCUGCCCUUCGCCAGGAUUGGCCACUUCAAGAACGAGGUGGUCUUCGUCCAGCUCACCCAGGGAGAGCACGAGCAGACGCUGGCAGAGAUCGCAGAGGCCGUGAGGAAAGCUUUCGAGGCGAAGGGCAUCCCGUCUGGCGACCGCAAGGAAUUCAAGCCCCACCUGACGUUCAUGAAGCUGUCGAAGGCCCACAGGCUGCGCAGUCAGGGAGUAAGGAAGCUGGACCCCAAGUUGUACACGGACUUCGCGGAGCACAGGUUCGGGGACGAGACGGUCUCCAGGCUGGACCUCUGCUCCAUGCUGAAGAAGAAGGGACCCGACGGCUACUUCCACUGCGAGGCCUCGGUGCCGUUGGGUGAGAAGAAGGGGGCGGAGCCUGAUGACGAGGAGCUGGUGAGCCUCAGUAAGAGGCUGGUGGAGGAUGCCGUGCUGAAGGCCGUGCAGCAGUACAUGGAGGAGACCCAGCGCGGCGGGGGUGGGCCUGGAGGAGAGGGUCCGCCCCCGCCGGGGGACAACCUCAGCAAGUAAACUGCCGGGCCCCACCCCCAGACCCUAACCGGCCAAUAGGGGCACGAGCGAAGCGGGGAAGGCGGGGUUAUCUACCACCGAGCGGCGUCCAGAGAGGGCCGCCGAGUAGCAGGAAGGGGCUGCACCCAGACUGCGUGCAUUCUUGCGUUUCUGAACAAAGUCGCUUCGGAAGAGACUCCGGAUCACCUCCCCAAGUCCUUAAGCAGCUUUUGCGUGCUUUGACCACUCCACUCGUUUAACGCUCCUUGCUGUUCCUCACCCCGACCCCCUCCGUGUGUGCGCUCUGUAGACACCACUCCGCUCCUGCAGCCAUCGUUUCUCUGAGCUGGAAUGUUGGACAUCUUCCGUGUUCUCCCGAUGGGUCCCCGGGGAAGAGACGAUGACCUUCAGCAGGGAACCGUCUUUGCCGGCGAGAGAUCCGGCUCCCGCGGGCACCGUUUCGGGUGCGGCGUUUAGAGAUGACGGCCACGUGGAACACCGCGCAUCGGAGAGACUCUUCCCGGUAUUCGCUCCACGGCUUCCGUGUAGAGCGGCAGCAGUCGACGGCCACCCUUUACUUCGUACCGGAGCAAAGACAAUCAACCUCUUUAGCAACGUGAAUAUCAGUACAGCGCCGAUCGUUGCGGGCGACACCACUGGCCACCCUAUGCAGUCGAAAACAUGCUGUGGAAAAUGUUUACAUCUCGCCCCAUGUGAUUCGUUCAGGCGAAAGCUUGAAAGCUUAAACACACACACACACACACACACACACAGAGCGAAGCUUUAACACACACUUGUGAGAGAGGCUGGGAGGACUGUCCCAGCGUUGCUCCGAGCUCUGAGGCAGAGCGUGUCGUCUUUGUUUGUUUCCUGUAGGGACAAAGCGCAAUACAGGCGUCAUUAAGGAGGCGCUGACCACCCAAACAAGGACGCUCUUGAGGAGGCUGGACGAGAUAAGAGAACUUUUGUCCGAGCCGGCGACCCGAGCCAGAAUCAGACAGGAGCUUCUGGGGCUCUCUAGUCCAGGUGCACCUCGGUGAA